AUGACCGCCGCAAGUCUGCGCCGCUGGCCGCUCAGCCGCACUGGCCAUUGCGUCAUUGAUCCCCUCGUGCCUUGGGCUUCAAUUUCCUCAUCUUCUGCUCGCCCCUCAUUGAUUCAGCUCCAACAAUCUGCCCAGAUUACUCGAUCAUAUCACCAGCACCGCUGCCAUAAAUAUUCAUCUCGAACCCAUAUCCAACGCAGUCCCUACAUUCUUUCCACAACCACAAAACCAGCAUCCAACUUCAACACCAUCACCAUCAUCACCCCUCCUCCCACCCGCACCAUGUCUUCCGACAACGACUACAUGUCCUUCCUGAACAAGGCCAACGCAGACCUCAAUGCCAGUCAAUUCCAGCCCCAACGAGACAACACUUCUUCCACCCCACGCACCCAAACCAUCCACACCAACGUCCGCGUCCCCACGCCCCUCACCUCCGUCGAUGCCUUUUACGUCUCGGAAACAGAUGAGCCGUUUGAACCCGUUGCUUUGAAAUGGCCUGAUGCGGGGCGGGGGGUCUGGCCUGAUGCAGCUGCUCUCUCCAACCUUGUUUCUCCUGACGCAGACCUCUCCAACUCCAUUGAGACAUUGACAUUCUCGACGUUCGACCCGAAGAAUCAGUAUUCCGGAGUGGUGAAGGCAGUCCGGGCUGCCGUGGGGGAUGAGGAGGGCGCGGCUGUCAAGGUCUACCGGGUUGAGGUGGCCAGGUCGAGAGUGGAGUACUUUGUUUUGGCGCUGGAUGGGACAGAAGGGUUGGUUGUUGGGUUGCGGGCUAAGGCUAUUGAGACUUAA